UGGGGGUUAUCCUGAUGCAAUACAAAUCUACCUUCCCUUUCACCAUGGAGUACGGUCACUUGGCAGGCUGACCAACCACGACUUCGAGGACACUAUCUGGGAAUCUCGGUUCCGUAGCCUUGGCCCCUGGAAUAUUCAGCCUUCCCUGACCAACAUCCAGUCAAGAAACAAUGGCACCAAAUAAAAAGAAGAAAAAGCCUGCAGCAAACCCUGCAAGAGGGUUCGCAACGACCUCGUUGCCGUCACGGUCUAAAGUUGUCGAUGAGGCCGUUCAAGCAAGUUCAUCGGGUGAACAGAAGCCCAAUUCUCAUUCAUCGACAGCUGAGGUCUACCAUGGCGCUCAAAAUAACAACCAAAGUGCGGCAUCCGCGACUGUUCCCUCUCAGAUUUCCGAGAUGACUCCAGAACAAUUGGAAGCCCAUCUUGAGGAUGCCGAGCUGGAUGCGCUUUUGGAGAAACAUGGCGGUCGUUGUCUUGCCGAGUCCACUCGUCAAACAGCACGUUUGCUUACGGAACAACGCCAGCUACGUGCUCAAUCUUAUCCGCUCACUACCUAUGGCUGGCUCAAUGACGAAUUGAUCCAACGAUUGUUUGACAUGCAUCAGCAACUUUCGGAUACGAGCAGGUUAUCUACCGGCACCAUCAUUGAUGAUGAAAAGCUGCUGAUUGACCUCUGGACACUUCAAAGAGUAUUACAGGCAUUGAAAUUCCCUCGCAUUCACCUUUCUCUUCUAAAUGUCGCUAAGAUAGCAGCUAAAGGUCAGCUGGCUAUCGACACAGAUCUCAUUCCCGGCAUGCUGGAGGCAUUCCAGUGGUAUGCCAUGGACAUUCAGGCUGACGAUCUUCCUGACUAUGAUCAUUCGCUCCCAAGUAAAGGCGCACCCAACAGUGGUACUCAGAGUCCGCAGCUGAAAACACCAGACCCUGGCUCAACUCCGAGGAGUAGGCAAAGCCCAGCCACCACGCCUGCAACAGUUUCAGAUGCGGAUGAAGACUCAGAGUCGAUUUCAUCUUCUGAUAAUGAUCAAGACGAUGAUCCAGAUAGACUAAAGCAAAGAUAUCUGCAGCUCCGCGCCCGGAUAUGGAAGAUCCAGAAUCCAGACCCCAGUAGCUCGCCAAAGUCUGUGUCAAAGUCUCGGAAGCUCCUAUUACGGCUGUCCAAAAAGGUUGAAGACUUGCAACGAGACAUUUUGUUUGAUGAGGACGCUGCAGCAGAGGACUGGAGUCUGGAUGAAAUCAAGCUGCAAACAAGCCAUCGACAGAAACUGAGAGAACAUGGCGAACUCCGCCGUAAAGCGUUGAAAGGAGUCAACAACACCACACAGGAGGAUCACCAGUCGCAACCGUCAUCCCGUCAUUUAACGCCAGACCUUGAAAAUGAUGAAGAGAUCACUGGAGGUCUCUUCGAUGUCGAAGGAGAAAACUCCGAUGACACUACAAGCCAAAACCCGCAGGACGACUCGAUUCGCAUUCUUGAUUUCGGAAAGUGGACUGGUAUAUCACCGAGGAAGCUGCUUGAUGAUGUUUGUCGAGGCCACGACGCCAAAUGCCGAGUCCAGCUGCAUAAUAUCCAACGUUCUUCCUUUGCAUCGAGAAGAGGUCUGAGCAUUUACUGGUCGACCGACACACUGCCCGACUCUGAGGUUAAUGCUGCUCUACCUAGCGGCAUCACUACUGCCACAGAGCCUCGGGUCUGGACACUAGCCAUGGACAAGAUUGCUACGGCCUCCGAUCUGCAGUCCGAGGCUUACAUCUCAUGUCUAGGCCUCUUCCUUGUGUCUUCUAUAGGCUCGAAGGAACAGAAGGCACUAGCUAGACUGCCAACCGUUUGGAGGGAUUUGAUCAAAGAUCUGACAGACGUUCAACAGAAGCUCGUUCACGAGGAACACAAGAAAACGCUACGCGAACUGCGAUCCAUGAUUCGGAUUUCGCAGGAAGAACAGAAGGCAGAAGAAACAAUAACUCCACGAGAUCAGCAUGGCGAGACGGCUGCAAGCAAACAUGUGAUGGAACGAGCACAACGAUUUGCUCCAGUCAAAUUAACCAGCGAACAGGUCUUGCAUGAAUGGACGACCAGAACCUCACAGCCUUCGUUUGAGCGCAUGCUGGCCGUUCGACGUCAACUGCCGGUGCACAACUUCAAGGAUACUAUCAUUGACUGUAUCAAUCAAAAUGCCGUCAGUGUCAUCUGUGCAGAGACUGGUGCAGGCAAAUCAUCGGGCAUCCCGGUCCUACUGCUUGAAAAUGACUUUUCCGCGGGAAAAGAUUGCCGAAUUCUGGUGACACAGCCUCGCAGAAUCUCGGCUGUCACUCUAGCGAGAAGAGUCUCACAAGAGCUGGGUGAGAGCAGAAAUGACAUUGGUACUUCGAGAUCACUUGUUGGGUAUGCGAUACGAUUGGAGAGUAAAACCACUGCUAGCACCAGAAUCACGUACGCCACGACCGGUGUGCUGCUCCGCAUGCUGGAAGAAUGCGCAGACCUUGAGGAGCUCGACUAUCUCAUCUUAGAUGAAGUCCAUGAACGCACCAUGGACCUUGACCUCCUCUUCAUUGCCCUCAAAAAACUCCAGCUUCGACGGAAGACUCUGAAGAUUGUGCUCAUGUCAGCCACGGUGGAUGCGAGGAAAUUUUCGGACUACUUUGGCGGUGCCCCUGUGCUUGAUUUGCCCGGCAGGACCUUUCCAGUUGAAGUCGGCUUCCUGGAGGAUGCAGUCGAGGCCACCAAUGAUCUCUCGGACAUUCAGGACAAGGGAUUACAGGAAGAGGAUGAGAUCCCAGACCUCGACGAGGACGCCAUUGCUGAGAAGGGUCGCCCAAUCAUCCUACAGCCCGAUAAACACAGCAAGAAGACGCAAAGGAUCAUUGCAGCGAUGGACGAGUACCAGAUUGAUUACUCAUUGAUUGUGAAGCUUGCCGCUGCCAUUGCCACCAAACCCAAGUACGAACAUUACAGCAGUGCCAUUCUGAUAUUCAUGCCCGGCCUGGGAGAGAUGCGUCGGCUCCACCGCGUACUUUUGUCGCUCGAUCUCUUCAACAACAACAAAUGGGUCAUCCAUCUCCUUCACUCGACUUUUACCACAGAAGAGCUGGAAAGAGCUUUCGAGAUACCUCCACCCGGCUACCGUAAGAUAGUCAUUGCCACCAACAUUGCGGAAACAGGUAUCACUAUACCCGAUGUGACAGCAGUGAUUGAUACUUGCAAAGAGAAACUGAAUCGCUUCGAUGAACGUCGCCAGUCGUCUCGGUUGUCAGAAGGCUUCAUCUCCAGAUCCUCGGCCCGUCAACGCCGUGGUCGCGCAGCCCGAGUACAAGAAGGGCUAUGUUUCCAUCUCGUGACCAAACACCGACAUGACAACAUCAUGCUAGAGCAGCAAGUCCCAGAAAUGCUCAGACUGGGUCUCCAGGACCCCAUGCUCCGCGUCAAGGUCUGGAAUCUUGGGAGCAUCGAAGAGACUUUGAGCCAAGCAAUCGAUCCGCCGAACCGGAAGAACAUCUUGCGUGCAAUUGAGAAGCUCAAGGAUGCUGGCGCUCUGACGAAGACAGAGAAUUUGACGGCCCUAGGGAAGCAAAUCGCUCGACUACCUCUGGAAGUGUCGCUAGCGAAAUUGGCGAUCUUUGGGGUCGUGUUUGGCUGUUUGGAUCCCAUACUGGCAAUUAUCUCGCUCUUGACUUCCAAGUCUCCUUUUCUCAAUUCGCCGUCCAAAUCACAAGCUGACUCCAGAGCAGUCUUCGCCCGUAGUGAUUCUGACCUCCUGUCCUCGCUCAACGCAUAUGAAGGAUGGAAGAAACACAAGGUGGCACGAUCGGCACAGGAGUUUUGUCGCAAAUUCCACCUUAGUGAUCAGGGAAUGUUACAAGUUGAAGAGCAGAAGGUUCAACUGCUGGUGUAUCUGGUGGAUGCUGGACUGGUCUUGUUACAAGGCCACGAAAAGAGUGCUCUGAGCCGAGCAAGGUCAGGCAGCUGGCGUGGAGGGAGCUUUUACGUUGUGCCAGAACGCUACAAUAGGAUCGUCUCUGACCGGGCCCUCAACUGCAUCAUCGCCAUGGCUUUGUACCCUCGGACACUUGUGCGUGAAGGCAAGGCCUAUCGCAACGUCUUUUCGAACCAGCAGCUCUAUCUGACCGGCCGGUCUAUCAAUCAUGGAAAUCCAAAGGCGCCACGGUGGUUGUCUUUCUAUGAGGCCAGACAAAAUCAUGGUGGAAGCCUCAAUGUUUUUGAAACGUCUGCCAUCCCCGAGUCAGGCAUGGCCAUUUUGUUGGGUGAAGCCGAGUACAAAUUUUUCGCAGGCGUGGUCAGCGUAGAUUCUGGAAAGGUGAGACUGUCUCUUCGGCACUACAAACAAGUCAUGGCUCUCAAGAUCUUAAGAGAGCAUCUGCUCGAGGCACUGGAUGCUUGCUAUCGACAGCCAUCAGAAGCAUUAAGUGGAACAGCACGGGGUUGGAUAGAACUUUGGUUGGGAAUCGAGGCAGCUCAAAAGACCUAGAAUGGGGGUCGGAUAUCGGUGUGCAAUGGGUUGCGGCCUGACAAUAUCGGCUGUUGGUGCUCAAGAAAUCUCAUCUGAGCAGAUAACCACCAUCAAUUGGGAGUGGUACUCCGGUGAUCCAAGCAGCGUCGUCACUCGCAAGGAAAAUGGCAGUCUUUGCGACAUCUUCAAUUCGGCCCAGUUUGCCACCGAACGGAUGUUUGGCUUCGAUCUCGGAGAGGACAUCUUCCUGUCCCUGCAGAUUCUGCGUCAUGCUUGUCUCCAAGAAGCCCGGACACAGAGCAUUGCAAUGAAUGAGAUCUUUGGCGUAGUCGAGGGCUAUUUGUUUGGUUAGCAUGACGGCCGCGCCUUUGCUGGCGCAGUACGAUGGAGUUCCCGUAUAUGGGACCAGUCCUUGUACACUAGCAAUGUUGAUGAUCCAGCCUCUAGACUUGUACAACUGUUGCUGGCCAUCGAGAAUCUGCUUGAGAGCGUACUUGCACCCUAGGAACAUGCCCUUUGUGUUGAUCGCCAUGGUCUUGUCAAAGUCUUCCUCACUCGUCUCAUGACACCUUAGUGGACGAAUAUGAGUGCUUUCAACGGAGAUUCCAGCAUUAUUCACCAUGAUGUCCACCCUUUUGUAACGCUGGACGCAGGCGCGAAU